AGGUAUUAACUACCACCUUGCUCUUGACCGGAAAUACAGCUGUGGUCUCCACCUGUGCUGAGGGCCCCUUCUAGGUUUCCUGACCUGUGUUGUUUUCCUGCCUGGGAUCCGGAAUCUCAGAGCCCGAUCACCUGCAGUUCUAAUCCACAUCUAAUCUAAACCACAUGGCCCUGGUUUUUAUUGUGCCCAGCCAGGUCGUGUCACUGCCGUACCAGCCCAUCUGAUUGCCCCCCAUCCUAGGGUACCUCAAAUCUAAGCCCCGGUUUCCUGAUUUUAUUAACAGAUUUGUCAUUACUGGUUGAGUUGGCUGACAAAACAGGCUCUCUCAGCUUUAAUUGUUUUAGCUGUAAAAUGAGGAUAAUACCCGCUGUUCCAUCAGUCUUAUAUUUGUGAGGCUCAGAGGUUUUAUGUGUGAAAAUACGUUGUAAAUUCCUGUAAAGAGCUACGCGAAUAAGGUUGUCUUGUGAUGAUAUAUGUCAUGAAGAUUAACUUAGAGAUGGCCUCAAAAUUUAACCUACCAACAAAAUGCCCACUAACCUUUCUCAUGCUUUUAGACCGAUUACAAGAUAUAAAUAGAAAAGUCAAUUGGAAUGUAGUUAGAUCUUCGACUUCACUUCGGGUUAAGGAGGCUCUUUUUCUGCUAUUUGAUGAACCCUAGAAGGGAGCGAGGUCAGCGGGAGGCCUGGCCAAGGGCGGGGUGAGGACUGCGCAGACUCAGCUUUUACACUCCCAGAGGAAGUCGCGAGUGCCGGCGUCUAUGGUCACCAUGGUGACGGGACCAACUUCCGCCCCACUCACCUGCCCAGAGCCCCGAGAGGCGCACCAUGGCAACCGGACCUCUGCGUCGCGGAAUCUGGUCCCUCAGGUCGCUGUGGCUGGGGAAUCGCGGCGGGCGCCGCCCCCAACCCGAGGGGACUCGAAAAUGUACAGCCAGCGAUUUGGCAUCGUACAGCGGGAGGUUAAGGGCCCCACUCCCAAAGUGGUGAUCGUGAGAGCCAAGCCUCCCAAAGACCAAGGGGCUGAGCAUCAUCUGGAAAGAAUCCGACGCAGCCAUCAGAAGCAUCAUGCUAUUUUGGCUUCCAUUAAGUCAAACGAGCGGGAUCGCUUGAAAGCUGAGUGGGACCAGCACAAUGACCGCAAGUUUGUGGACAGUCUUGUGAAAGCAGGAGUCAAGGAUGCCAUGCAAGGGUUUAUCAUCAAUACUGAAGAAAGACGAAAUAAGUUACGUGAACUUUUAGCAUCAGAAGAAAAUGAAUAUUUUAUUGAAAUGCAAUUGAAAGAAGAAACAAUUGAGGAGAAAAAAGAUAGAAUGAGAGAUAAAGUCAGAUUAUUAAGAGAGAAGAAAGAAAAAGAGAGACAGGAUUUUGUGGCUGAAAAGCUAGACCAGCAAUUCAGGGAACGCUGUGAGGAGCUCCGUGUUGAGUUGUGCUGUAUCCAUCAGAAGGCAGUGAGCAAGGAGCGGAAAGCACAGAUAGCAUUUAAUGAGGAGCUGAAAAGGCAGAAGCUGGUGGAAGAGCAGAUGUUCUCAAAGCUCUGGGAGGAAGACCGACUGGCCAAAGAGAAGCGAGAAGCCGAAGAGGCGAGGAGACAGAGAGAGCUGAUGGAGAACACACGGCUGGGGCUGAAUGCCCAGAUCACCAGCAUCCAGGCGCAAAGGCAGGCAGCGCGGCGGCUGAAGGAGGAGGAGGCGCGCCUUGUGGAAAAUGACAAAGCACAGGUGAAACUUGAGAAUGAACAGGAUAAGCUAAAGAAACAGAAGACAAAACAGGAAAUGAGGGCUGCUUUGCAAAAAGCCCUCCAAGAGAAGAUGGAGCAUAUUCAGCAGGAAUACAGAGAAGAUCAGGACUUGAACAUGAAGCUCAUGCAAAGCGCCCUUCAAAACUUACAGGAAGAGGCUGAUAAAAAGAAGCAAAAGAGAGACGAUAUGAUAAGAGAACAGAAGAUAUAUCAUCAGUACUUGGCACAGCGGCGUGAGGAAGAAAAAGCUCAGGAGAAAGAACUGGACAGAAUGUUAGAGAAAGAGACGGAAAAGAAGUUUGCUGAGAAGGACAAGGAGCUGAGACUUGAAAAGGAGGCAAGAAAACAACUUUUGAAUGAGGUCAUGUGUACAAGAAAACUGCAAGUUCAAGAAAAGUUGCAACGAAAAGCAAAAGAACAGGAAGAACGUGCUAUGGAACAGGAACACAUAAAUGAAGGUCUUAAAGAGCUUAACCGUGAAGAGAGGGAGGAUUUUACAAGACGCUCCAGUUUAGCCCAGGAGUACAGGAAGCAACUUCAGAUGCAAAUGUGCUCCCAACAGCAGGCCCGUGAAGCAGAGAAGGAGGAGGAACGCCGAGAGUUUGAAGCAGGGAUGACAGCAGAGAAGAAUUUCCAGGACAAGAUCCAGGAGAUCCUGUCCACCCAUCAAGUGCUGCCCCAAAAUAUUCAUCCCAUGCGGAGAGCAUGCCCUAAUAAGCUUCCACCAUAGUUUCAUAAACAUCAACCUAGUUUUUCUCAGUCUUUUACUAUUUUAAA